AUGAACAAUAGCCACGUCGAUGAGGAGGUCGGGAAGCUCAAGGAGGAGAUCCAGAGGCUCGGCCAGCAGCAGCCCGACGGCUCCUACAAGGUCAAGUUUGGUGUCCUCUUCAAUGAUGACCGAUGCGCAAACAUAUUUGAAGCAUUAGUUGGCACCUUGCGCGCCGCCAAGAAGAGGAAAAUUGUCACCUACGAAGGUGAACUGCUUCUGCAGGGUGUUCAUGACAAUGUGGAGAUAACCCUCUUCCCUCCUCCUGCUGUAGCUGCUGCUUGAAGAUUGCAGCACCGGAAAGUAUCAUGUCAUUGUGUCGGCGUGUUUAUAAUUUGUUGAGCUUAAAUUCCCAUGAACUAUCUUGUAUUCCCAGAAGAGUACUAUUGUGUGAUGUAUAAACUCCUGACCUAUGCAGUUGCUUUGUUAUUCUGCCUGUA